GGAAAAAUAAAAACAUUAGAAAAAGAGAGAAGGAGCUGAGGUCUGGAAAGUAUAUAUACGAAAAAGACGACACUGUGGGAGUCGACAGUGGAGGAAAGGCGAAUAUCUUUUCUUUGUUUACUCCCUUUCACUUUCAAGUGGGUCAACAAUCUUGUUGUCUAAACUAGCAGAAGUUGAAUUUUGGACUGAGUGGCCAAUUUUCAUCAAAGCUCAAACCUUCUAAUGUGUAAUCUCCAGUAGCAAUGCUCACUACUUGAGGCUAAACUCUAUGGAUUGCUACCUUUUGAAAUGCGUUUCUGUAUCUCGUGUGCAUACCUUUCUCAUGGUCUUGAGACAUUGACAUUUCUUCCUACCACAACAGUCUGAAGAAUCGAAUAACUGAUAGUUGUGUGAUGGAACAAUCGAAAAACUACAAUCGUGUUGCACUCAAUAAUGCAGCUCUAGAUAAUGUAGAAUUUGGACAUGCAUCUCAGGGAUACAUGGUGGACCCGAUGGGUCGUAUAAAUACCAGCGUGAGGCCUUCAGAGCUUAAUUUUGCUGAAGCUAAACCUGUACUUAAUUACUCUAUACAGACAGGUGAGGAGUUUGCUCUUGAAUUUAUGCGUGAUCGGGUGAAUCCGAGAAAGCCAUUUGAUCCUUUUGCUGCCAGUGAUCCUACUUUUACAACAAACUACUUAGAGCUAAAGGGCGUUUUAGGGGUGAGUCAUAACGGUUCUGAAAGUAGUUCUGAUAUUUCUAUGCUUACUGCUGUAGAGAAGGAGCCAAAAGAAUUUGAAAGGAAGAAUUCUUCUUUGUACGAAGGAAAAAGUAAUUAUGGGUCUGUAGCAUCAGGUUAUAACAGUAACCGGACUAUAGUUCAUGAGUAUUCCUCUUCCAGCAUAUCUGAUGGCUCAUCAAGAAAAUUUAAAAUCCUCUGCAGCUUUGGUGGUAAAAUUCUUCCCCGACCCCGUGAUGGGAAACUGAGAUAUGUUGGAGGAGAAACACGCAUUAUCAGAAUAAGGACAGACAUUUCUUGGCAAGAGAUAUGGCAGAAAGCAACAACAAUUUAUAUUUAUACACAUACAAUUAAGUAUCAGCUUCCCGGGGAGGAUCUUGAUGCCUUGGUUUCAAUAUCUUCUGAUGAGGACUUGCAGAAUAUGAUGGAGGAGUGCAACGUGCUAGGAGAUGGAGAUGGAUCAAAAAAGCUUAGGAUGUUUUUAUUCUCUGUAAAUGAUUUGGAUGAUGCUGAUUUUGGUCUGGCUAGAUCUAGUGGUGAUUCUGAAGUUCAUUAUGUAGUUGCUGUCAAUGGAAUGGACAUGGGACUAGGAAGGGACACAAGUAGGGUUGCAAGUGUUACUGCUGCAUCAUCAAUAAAUCAACAUUCUCAACUAAUUCUUCCUAAAUCUUCUGAUGCUCCGGAAACCCAUUUACAAUCUCAUUCUCAUCAAGUUCAUGAGCAUCAUGAAGAAGCUCAGAAUCAUUUGCCCUCCAGCACGGAACACCACACUUCUAGUUCUACACCCGUUGGAGAUGGUACUCAUUCAAUGCCUUCUCCUGCACUUGUGACUCAAGAAGAAAGUUUGUCAGAAGACCAGCCAUCUGGUGCUUUAGGCUCGCAGGAUAUGCAUAAGCAAGAAGUGGAGGUAAAUAUGAAUGGUGAUAGUUCAAGUAAUCAAGACAUCGAACAUGAAACUCGAUCUUUGGGAAAGGAUGUUGAUCACUUUCCUGUUGAAGAGGCAUCAGCGGUCAUACCAAAACCAGAGAGAAAUUUUCCCUUAGUACCUUCAAAGAAUGAAGGUCACCUUGAAUCUUUGCAAGUCUCUUCACCUCUAGAAGUGAUUAAUCCCACACGAGAUUCUAAGUCAAACGACAAUGAGUUGUUAACAUCUAGUAGUGCCAUUGCUUCUACAAAUGCCAACUCACAGACUGAUCUGAUUGAUUUAAGCUAUCUUGAGCCUCCUCUACCUCCUCAGAGUCACUUUUACUCUGAGCGAUAUCCACGAGAGCAAGCAGAGUUAUUAAACAGAUUAACCAAAUCAGAUGAUCUUGGUUCUCAGGUCCUUAUCACUCAUUCAUGUUCUGAUAUUGCACAGCAGGAUUCCACGGAAGAAUCAAGCAAAAAUUUACAAAAUGUUGAACUGGCCCCUAAGAUUGACCAUGACUCAAGUGCAAAGUUUGACAACCCUAGGACUUCUGAUGAUGGAACUGAAAAUUUCCCGAAUAAUAACGAGGCAACAAAUGUCCAUUCAAAUGAAGAGGAGUAUGGAACAGAUAAUCAGGUUCCUAAGCCCGGUGACAAAACAAGCUCCACAAAUGAUAACGCAGAUAGUUCCUUGCCUGAUGAUACUGCAGGAGCGAAUCACCACAGUGAUCCUGCAUCUAGUCUUCCAGACUUUCCCUGGGAUGACAGGUUUGAAAGCGAUAUUACUGCUAAUUACGAUCAGGGGAACUCUCAACCUACUGCUGGGACAGGAAUCUCAUCUAGAGACGUUUCAUGGGUGGAUUCUUCUGUCACUGUUUCCCGACCAGAUCGAGGAGACAUAUCGAUUGAUAUAAAUGACCGAUUUCCUCACGAUUUCCUUUCUGAUAUAUUCUCAAGAGCUGUCAUUUCUGAGAAUUCCUCUGGUGUUACACUGCAGAAAGAUGGAGCUUUGAGCAUGAACAUAGCCAACCAUGAGCCCAAACACUGGUCUUUUUUUCAGAAAUUGGCACAGGGUGAAUUUGCUCAAAAAGAUGUUUCUCUUAUUGACCAAGAUCAGCUUGAUUUUUCAUCCAGACUUCCAAAAGUGGAAGAAGAUGCUUCAGAAGCUUAUAAACUUACUCCACUACUAAGAGGUGAAAUUUCUUCAAAUAUAAUAGAUUCCCAAAACAAUUUUGGCGAUCAGAAAGAACUUCCCGGUGUAAGUGAAGUUUCAACUACAGCUUUGCAUUCUGAUUAUAAUUCAUCUGUGGCGGAAGGCAGCCAUGCUUUGCAGGUAGAUGAAUCAGCUGAAAUCAUAAGAAUACCGGAGUCUGAGUAUGAGGGUGGAAUUAGGAGCUUACCUCCACUUGAACUUGCUUUUGCUGAAUUUGAUAUCAGUUCUUUGCAGAUCAUAAAGAAUGAAGAUCUUGAGGAACUUAGGGAACUUGGUUCUGGCACAUUUGGAACAGUUUAUCAUGGAAAAUGGAGAGGGUCGGAUGUUGCCAUCAAAAGAAUAAAGAAGAGCUGCUUUGCAGGUCGAUCGUCAGAGCAAGAGAGAUUGACCUUAGAGUUCUGGCGGGAAGCUGAAAUUCUGUCAAAGCUUCACCAUCCAAAUGUGGUGGCAUUUUAUGGAGUGGUACAAGAUGGACCUGGGGGUACAUUAGCUACUGUCGCAGAGUUCAUGGUCGAUGGUUCUCUCAGGCAUGUUUUGCUGCGCAAGGAUAGGCAUCUUGAUCACCGGAAGAAACUCAUUAUCGCCAUGGAUGCAGCCUUUGGGAUGGAGUAUUUACAUUCAAAAAACAUUGUGCAUUUUGAUUUGAAAUGUGACAACUUACUGGUGAACUUAAAAGAUCCUUCCAGGCCUAUUUGCAAGGUUGCUGAUUUUGGUCUGUCAAAAAUCAAGCGCAACACCUUAGUUUCUGGUGGAGUUAGGGGAACCCUACCUUGGAUGGCUCCAGAACUGCUGAAUGGAAGUAGCAGUAAAGUUUCUGAGAAGGUUGACAUAUUCUCCUUCGGUAUUGUCUUGUGGGAGAUUCUCACUGGUGAGGAGCCGUAUGCAAACAUGCACUAUGGUGCCAUCAUUGGAGGAAUUGUAAAUAACACACUAAGACCAGCUAUCCCAAAUUCUUGUGAUCCUGAAUGGAAAAGGCUAAUGGAGCAAUGCUGGGCUCCUAACCCUAUGGUUAGACCGACUUUCACCGAGAUUACAAAUCGCCUGCGGGUAAUGGCUGCAGCUUGCCAAACUAGAGCACACAUUCGCAAGGCAUCUAGCUAGGGUUUAUGCAUCUGAUUCUAUUUGUGGCAUCUGGCAAUUUCAUUGCAUGUGUAUAUCUCAAUUGUUUGCUGUAAAGAUCGCUUAUAUCAUAGAGAUUUAUAUCCCCAAAGUUUUAGUUUUAGUGACCUUUUAAUGA